UAUAUUAAAUAUAUUAUAAGCUCUCUUUUAUCGUCAGUCAGAAGUCAGGUUAUUAUGUUUCGUUGUCCAAAGCAAUGCAGAUGAAGACAGUUCAUUAGUGACACUCUAGUGACUGUACACGCUCGUCUUGGUCUGUCUGGCCAUGUGGUCAAUCUGUGCCGUGCGGCUGAGUUUCAUUCAGAUACGACCAUUUGAUCAGUAAAACAUUGGGAAGGAAAGGUAGCCUUUUGAACUGUCAGCAGGUUUUUGUAUCCACAGCUCACGGCUCCACGGUGAUGACCAGCUGCUUUUGAUUGCGGGCGUUUGCCGUUAGCUGCCGGGCAGGUGCCGGACUGUGGGUUUAUCUGAUCUUUUUCCACAGGAAACAGCUGUCCGUUGUGUAUAGAGAUGCAGAUAAGGACGUGAAGACAAAACAGUGACCCAAAUGGUCUGAACUGAAUCGAGCACUUAGAGCAGCACCUGUCACAUCAGUCAGCUAGCUCACACACACAUCCUCGUCCUACUGAAGACACUGAUGAAAGAGUGACCAAGACCUGAGAUCUUUAAUGAGAUAAUCGUCCCAUUACCUGGUCCCUGGUCCAACUGUCUCAAAGUAGAUAGAGGCUUAUCACUCUGGUAAAAAACUUUUAGUAAAAUCAAUCAUCGCAAGCCUUACAAACAUCCGAAAAAAAAAAUCACAAAUGUUUCGAGGCCUAUCGUAUUUUGUGUUUCUCAACAUCUAAAAUCUCCAACCAAUCAAAUCAUUUUUUGUGUGUGUUUUUCUUUUGUUGCUGUUUCUUUUCAGAGAGUGUGACGUCAGUCAGAUCAACUACAUGUACGCCCAGUAUGUCAAAAACACCAUGCAGCCUCUCAACAUUGCAGACGUCACCAAGGACCAACGAUUCCCCUGGACAAGUGAAAACCCAGAUCACACCAGCAACCAGAUAAAAAGUUUGCUCUGCACGCCCAUCAGGAACGGGAAGAAGGACAAGGUCAUAGGUGUGUGUCAGUUGGCGAACAAGAUGGAUGAAGCAUCGGGCAGCGUGAAGGCCUUCAACAGAAACGACGAGCAGUUCUUGGAGGCGUUCGCCAUCUUCUGCGGUCUUGGCAUCCAGAAUACACAGAUGUACGAGACUGUGGAGAGAGCCAUGGCAAAGCAGGAAGUUACACUAGAGGUGCUGUCGUACCACGCCUCUGCCACAGAGGAAGAAACCCGGGAACUCCAGGUAACCGCGGUAUCCACAGUCCCUUCUGCCCAGUCAUUGCGACUCCUGGAUUUCAGCUUCAGUGAUUUUGACCUGUCAGACACUGAGACAACGUUGGGCACGAUUCGAAUGUUUGUGGACCUUAACCUGGUGCAGAACUUUCAGAUGAAGUACACGAGUCUUUGCCAGUGGGUUCUCAGCGUGAAGAAGAACUACAGGAAGAACGUGGCCUAUCACAACUGGAGACACGCCUUCAACACAGCCCAGUGCAUGUUUGCUCUCCUCAAGUCGGGACGCUUACAGAAUAACCUCAGCGACGUCGAGGUCUUGGCUCUGAUGAUAGCGACUCUGAGCCACGACUUGGACCACAGAGGAGUCAACAACUCCUACAUACAGAGGAGCGACCACCCACUGGCCCAGCUCUACUGCCACUCCACCAUGGAGCACCACCACUUCGACCAGUGCCUCAUGAUCCUCAACAGCCCCGGAAACCAGAUUCUGAGUGGUCUCUCUCUGGACGAGUACAAAGCCACUCUGAAGAUGAUCGAGAGGGCUAUUCUGGCAACAGACUUGGCCCUGUACAUGAAGAGGCGAGGGGAGUUCUUUGAACUAACCAAAAACAGCCAGUUUGUUUGGGAAGAUGAACAUCACAGAGAUUUACUGAGGUCAAUGCUGAUGACUGCAUGUGAUAUUUCAGCCAUAACCAAACCAUGGCCUGUUCAAAAGAGGAUUGCGGAGCUGGUGGCCACUGAGUUCUUUGAGCAAGGGGACAAGGAGAGGCAAGAGCUAAACAUUGAACCCAUUGACCUGAUGAAUCGGGAGAAGAGAGAUAAGAUUCCUAGCAUGCAGGUGUCAUUCAUUGAUGCGAUUUGCACUCAGUUAUAUGAGACUUUGGCCGGCAUGUCGGAGCAUUGCUGCCCCCUGCUGGAGGGAUGUCAGAGAAACCGGCAGCAAUGGAAACAUUUGGCUGAGGAGUGUGAGAAGGGAUUGGUCAACGGCUUGGCGGGAUUACGGGGGAUUCUCCUUAUUUAAACUUGUUUCACAAAGUUUAAUGACAUUAUUACACCCUUUACAUUAAAUUAUCCACCACAGCGAAGGUGAUAGAAGGGUAAAAAAAAAAACUACCCAAUGCACCAGGCUGUAUCCUCAGGGAUCCAAAAUCCCAAACCCCCGUUUCGUCUGUUGUGGUUUGUGGUUUUCUUCUAGUUGACGUUUCUACUGCUCCAUGUUCUGUGAACAGGCUAAUGCUAACUGUACAGGUCAGAUUGUUCUCUGCCACAGCUGUGCUUAAAAGCAAAAUGCUAAUGUAAGCACAGUGGACAACAGUGCUUACAGCGCUAAUUUAACGCACAAGACUGGAGUGGCCUAGAUUUUGGAGACAUUAUUCAACUUUUCAGAAGUUAAGUCAGCACCGCUGCUGGACUGCACCCAUGUUUGUUAAAACUCCUACAUCUGCCUUAAAAUGACCCUGACGACAGAGCUACAACAAUUAGCUUUAGCAUUAGCUAUCGUUUCCCCUGUUGAGAAAAUUCUAUUGAAAAGCAGGUGGCGUUAGCAUUUAGGUGUUCAAUUUAUCGCCACCAAUCAAUCGGAAGGGUGUAAGCAAUAUCGUCAAGCUUUGUGACAUCACUUCCUGUCAUCACUGUUCAUUUAUUGCAGUAACUCACCAGAGACAAUAACAGUCGGCACUAAGCUAUAUUUAUUAAAAUAGCCUUCUUAUUU